ACUAUGGAACUGAAGGUGCGGUUGUGCGUGCUGCUGCUAGCACUGAGCGUGUGCGUGACGCUACAGGUGCGCGCCCAGGAAGAGGACGAAGACGAGGACGUGCACGUGGAAGACGACCUGGGAAACCUGGGAGACGAAGAGCUGCUGGACGGAGACGGAGAGGUCGACCUCGAGGACGAAGAAAAGCCGACGCCCACUCCGGCAGCACCUACCGUGACGUAUAAAGCCCCGGAGCCGAAGGGCGAGCACUUCUUUGCCGAGUCGUUCGAUAAAGGAACGCUGGACGGGUGGGUUUUAUCCCAGGCGAAGAAGGAUGGCAUCGAUGAGGACAUCGCCAAGUAUGACGGUAAAUGGGAGGUUGAGGAGAUGAAAGACACAAAGCUGCCUGGUGAUAAAGGCCUUGUACUGAAGUCCAGAGCCAAACAUCACGCCAUCUCCGCUCUGCUACUGCGACCUUUCACCUUCGACACCAAACCCCUCAUCGUCCAGUACGAGGUGAACUUCCAGAAUGGAAUCGACUGUGGAGGCGCCUACGCCAAACUUCUCUCCCAGAGCGCAGAGCUCAACCUGGACGAGUUCGUUGAUAAGACCCCGUACACCAUCAUGUUCGGACCGGAUAAGUGCGGCGAGGACUACAAGCUCCAUUUUAUCUUCCGCCACAAGAACCCCAAAACGGGCGAGUACGAGGAAAAACACGCCAAAAAGGCCGACUCGGACCUCCGUACGUACUACACGGACAAGAAGACCCACCUGUACACACUGGUGUUAAACCCAGACAACAGCUUCGAGAUACUGAUCGACCAGACAGUGGUGAACAGCGGAAAUCUGCUGAACGAUAUGACCCCUGCAGUAAACCCUCCCGCUGAGAUCGAAGACCCCGAUGACCACAAGCCUGACGACUGGGACGAGAGACCCAAGAUCCCGGACCCGGACGCAGUCAAGCCUGACGACUGGGAUGAGGAUGCUCCGGCCAAGAUCGCCGAUGAAGAUGCAGUGAAACCUGACGGCUGGCUGGACGACGAGCCCGAGUACAUCAGUGACCCUGAUGCUGUUAAACCGGAGGACUGGGAUGAGGAUAUGGACGGUGAGUGGGAGGCGCCUCAGAUCCCUAACUCCGCCUGCGAGUCCGCCCCAGGUUGUGGAAAAUGGGAGAGGCCUAUGAUUGACAACCCCAACUACAAGGGCAAGUGGAAGCCACCCAUGGUCGACAACCCCAACUAUCAGGGAGUGUGGAAGCCCAGGAAGAUCCCCAACCCUGACUACUUCGAGGACCUGCAUCCGUUCCGCAUGACUGCCGUGAGCGCCGUGGGCCUGGAGCUCUGGUCCAUGUCCUCGGACAUCUUUUUCGACAACUUCUUCAUCACGUCGGACCGCAACGUUGCCGACAAGUGGGCGGAGGAAGGCUGGGGCCUGAAGAAAGCCGCAGAGGGAGCAGCCGAGCCUGGUCUCGUUAAUCAGAUGAUGUCUGCAGCAGAAGAGAGACCCUGGCUCUGGGUGGUCUACGUCCUGACCGUGGCUCUCCCUGUUGUCCUUAUCUUCGUCUUCUGCUGCACUGGAAAGAAGAAGCCAGCGACCUCUGCUGCCGAGUACAAGAAGACUGACGAGCCUCAGCCUGAUGUGAAGGAGGAAGAGGAAGAAGAAGAGGAAGAAGAAGAGGCCAGGGGUGAAGAGUCAGAGAAGAAAGCUGAUGCGGAGGAAAGCCCUGCAGAAGCACCAGAGGAAGAGGAAGCAGACAAACAGGAAGACAAAUCAGAUGAGAAACAAGAGGACGAUGUCCUCAGGAGGUCCCCGAGAAGCAAAGCGAGAGCUAGAAAGGACUGAUGGACUUUUACUGCAUCUGCUCAACCGCAGCCCCUUUCCUGAGUCUCCCUUGACCCCGACUCCCUCCGUCCCUCGGUCUCUCCAUUUACCCUUGUUCUGUCCUCCUCUGGUCUCCUGCUCCGUCCUCACACAAGUGACUGCAGAGAGAAAGAAACCAAACGGUCCGACGGAAGAAAUAUCGCCACUUCCGACUGGUGUGAGGAGGAGGAUGAUGAUGACGAUGACGAUGAUGACCAUAAAUAGAGUAGAUUUUUUUUGUUUGUUUUUGUUUUACUAAAAAGAAAAGGAAAAAAAACAUGAU